AUAGUCUACGAAUACUACUUAAGCAUUUAAAUUACCUCCGCUGAAGUUAGUUAAGCUUUAACUGCCACUAUGAGGAACCACUUAAUACUUUUGGCCAUAUUAGCCAUUCUUAUGGCCAUCGUCAGUGCAACGAAAGUGCGUUACGAUAAUUACAAGGUCUUUAAAAUCAGGACACAAAAUCUAGAACAACAAAAAUGGAUAGAACAGUUAGCUGACGAGUCAAAUAAUUUUAAUUUGUGGCACAGUGGCCAAGGAGAGGUCCACAUAAUGGUCAGUCCACAAAAAUUGAUAUAUCUACAAAACUAUACACGAUCAUUUAAUAUGCCGUUAGAAGUCAUGGUUUCUAAUGUACAAAGUCUUAUUGAUGGUGAGCAAACCCCUAAAACAGCAGACGAUCUUGACGAUUUCGGUUGGACGCGUUAUUAUCCCUUAUCAGCAAUUGAGACUUACUUAGACGACAUACUUGCCAAAUACCCGGAAGUUACCAGUCACAUAGAUAUUGGCACAUCCUUUGAAGGACGCAGGAUACGCGGUAUUAAAAUCUCUUAUAAGGAGGGUAAUCCUGGCAUAUUUAUUGAAUCGAACAUACAUGCACGUGAAUGGAUAACAUCGGCGACGGCCACUUGGUUAAUUAACGAGCUACUCACUUCCGAAGAUGCAAGCGUGCGAAAAUUGGCUGAGAACCACGAUUGGUAUAUUGUACCAGUUCUGAACGUGGAUGGUUUUGUCUACACACAUGAAACGGAUCGCAUGUGGCGCAAGACCCGACAGCCUGUAAGCACCUCAUCUUGCAUUGGUGCUGAUCCCAAUCGUAAUUACGAUUCACACUGGAUGGAAAAUAAUGGUGCUUCCGCGAAUCCUUGCAGUGAAACUUAUGCCGGUACACACGCUUUCUCAGAGCCAGAGAUUCAAGCUCUAGCCAAUUACGUAGCAAGCAUUAAGGAACGUCUGAAUAUUCUGUUGGCCUUUCAUUCAUAUAGUCAAGUGUUGCUUUCACCUUAUGGCUGGACCGAGACGCCCCCAGACAAUUUUGACGAUUUGAUGGCAGUAGCGGAGGCUUAUUCGGAUGCUGUCGAAAAGUUACCCUAUAAGACGAAAUAUACUUAUGGCACUUCAGCCGGUGCAAUGUAUUUCGCUUCUGGCGCAACAAAUGAUUGGGCCUACAGUGAACAGGACAUCCAGCUUUCCUAUACAAUAGAGUUUCGCGACACAGGACGCUACGGUUUCAUUCUACCUCCAGUACAGAUAAUACCACAUUGUGAGGACACUCUUGCCGGUUUGUUGGCAUUUGUAGAGAAAGCUGAUGAAUUGGGCUAUCUGAAAGUUAAAUACACAUAAAAUGUCGACCGCUAUUAAUGAGACACGUAAGAAAUUUCGAGUUACAAAUUAAACAAAAAAUAAUAAUAAAUAAAUAUUAAAUGAAAAUGA